AUGAUGUAUAAGGAAAAUAGAAUGAAUAUCGAUAAAAUUGGGUCUAAAAUAAAAGAAUGGGAAUAAUUAUCAUAACAUUUUUUAGACUUCGAUAUCAUUAUUACUUUGAUUCUCCGUUUAUAAUCUUUCAAUGUCAAUAAAUAAUUGUCUGAUUUGACCCACAGAUCUAAGCAUCAAGAUCUAAUAGAGAACUACCAUAAACUCAAGUGUCAUGAAAAUGAUUAUUCUAUGAGAUAUUUGUUACUUUAACCUUAUUACAACAUUUUUAUUAUAGAUCCCUAAUUAAUGAUCGGCAAUAUGAUUUGUCGCUAAAAUAACAAUAUUAUUCCCAAAAAAUAAAAGAUUAGGGAAUUGUACUUUUGUCUUUUGAUACCAAUCGUUCCUAUGGCAACACUCAAAAUCCAAAGCAGAGAACUCAUUAUGGCUAUAGUGAAUGUAACAGUAGUGAAUUUAUUUAAACCAAGUAGUUUGAUUGCAUUUACAAUAAAUAAAAAUACACCUCCUAAUUAAUGA